GUGCGUCACGGGUGAUGACGCGCGCCAGCGUUGACGUCGUUCCUGCACGCCGCUCUUUGCUUGUGUUGUGUUGUUCGCGCUGAAGGUUUUCGGCAUGUUAGUGGUGUCCGGCGUCGGUUCCUUCGGUGCGGGGCGGGCUUGGCCCUCCUGGGCCAUACCUCUGCCUUUCUGGAGCCCCAUUUGAUCAUGGGCAUGGCACUCAAGCUCAAAGGUCCCAUUCGUGUGGGAUUUUACGACAUCGAACGCACCAUCGGCAAAGGAAACUUCGCCGUGGUCAAAUUGGCCAGGCAUCGAAUCACCAAAACGGAGGUGGCGAUCAAGAUCAUCGACAAGACGCAGCUGGAUCCGGCCAAUUUGGACAAAGUGUAUCGGGAGGUUCACAUCAUGAAGAUGCUCAGCCACCCACACAUCGUCAAGUUAUACCAGGUGAUGGAGACGAAAAACAUGCUUUACCUGGUUUCGGAGUAUGCAAGUCAGGGAGAAGUGUUUGACUUCAUCUCGCGGCACGGCCGCAUGCCGGAGGCCAUGGCCAGGCGCAAGUUCUGGCAGGUGCUGUCGGCCGUCGAGUACUGCCACAGCAACCGGGUGGUUCACAGGGACCUGAAGGCUGAAAACUUAUUGCUGGAUUGCAACAUGAACAUUAAGCUUGCUGAUUUUGGAUUUAGCAAUUUCUUCUCUCCUGAUGACUACUUGACAACAUGGUGCGGCAGUCCACCUUACGCUGCUCCUGAGGUGUUCGAGGGAAAGUGCUACAUCGGUCCUGAAAUCGAUGUCUGGAGCCUCGGGGUGGUGCUGUACGUGCUGGUGUGCGGAGCCCUUCCCUUCGACGGCUGCAACCUGCAGGUGCUGAGGAGUCGAGUGCUCUCCGGCCGCUUUAGGAUCCCGUUCUUCAUGUCUACUGAUUGUGAGCACCUGAUCCGCAAGAUGCUGGUGCUGGAGCCCAGCAAGCGGCUGACGGUGGAGCAGGUGAAGCGGCACCGGUGGCUGCAGCCGGGGCUGCCCCGCAGUCUGGCCACCCCGCCCCAGGACCGUCAGGCCGCCCGCAAGGGAGACCUUAACGACCAGGUGCUGCGCCUCAUGCACAGCCUUGGCAUCGACCCGGCCAGGACUAAGGAGUCGCUGGUGGAGGAGCGCUACGACCACCAUGCGGCCAUCUACUUCCUGCUGCUCGAGCGGUGGCGUGCCCAGCGCUGCGUGCAGCCAGCCUUGGGAGGGGCCUCCACCCAGGCGGCGCCCGAGGCAAGCCGCCGGCCCAGCAGCGUGGCCGAGCAGGCACUGCGGCGGCAGGAGCCUCACACGGCACUGCACCUGCAGGCGGCCCUUGCUGCACAGGUGCACCCGAGCAUGGACAGCAUGCGCAAACACGCGUUCAGCCACACGACGGACGGCAACCUGGCCACGUGCCGUGUGCCGGCGGUGGCCCUCAAGGGCUGGCCAUUGGGCGGGCCGUGCGGGGCGCCACCGGCUCGCACCACGGUGUCCAUCGAUGAGGGCGUCGAGGAGGACAUUGGGGAGUGCUCCCGGCCAGACUCCCCACUGGCGUCGGCGCAGGGCGGCCACCGGGACAGCCCCCCGCUCUGCAACCUGACACAGCUGCUGAGCCUCUCAGACGCCCCGGGCCCCUCGAGUCUGGACAGCCUCGACUGUCAGUUCGAGCCGGCCCUGCUGACGUCGCGGGACCUCGUGGACAGUGCUGAGGGCGCAACGGGGAGCGCGCUGGGGGCACGCGAGGGGAACCGGUCGACCAGCGACUUUCGGGAAGGCCGGCGGGCCUCGGACGGCCUCGUGGCCGGAAACUGCCCCGCGGGGCCCUCGCAGGGCCCCCGGGAGCCACCCCCGCCCUGCGUCACACCCCGCGUGGCGCCCGCGCGAGAAGAACUCUUUGGCAGUGACCGACUGGUGCGCGCGCCGCGGCCAGCUGAGGGCCAUGCGCCUGAGGUGCUACCCUUGACCCUGUGGAGCCAGAGCAAGCCCCUGCAACGCCUGCAGCACCGGCGCUGGGCGUUUCAGCGGCCCCCGCUGCGCCACUGGCUGCCCACAGGGCCCAGGGGGGGCUCGCUAGGCGAGUUGCCCCCGCCGCGGCAGCCGCACCUGUCGGACUCGGAAGUGGGAGGCCCCGCCGCCGAGGGCAGGGCUGCCAACCCGUCUAGUCACCUGUAUGGGGCGUGGACCCACCGGGGCCCCGCCGACUGGGACCUUCUGCCCAGCGACCAGAUGGACACACUGUGAGGACGUUGGCCGUCUCUCUUUCCCCGAGAAACGUGGAGAGUGUUCUCCGUGCGAGGACGCACAGGCGAGGGCCACCGUAGCCGUCUUCGAGUGCAGUCGCCGUCAUUGUGAUAGUCUUGUGUCUGUCCUAGAUCCCUCGAAGACGCAACUGCCCUCGUUAGAUACCAAAGGCGGCGUCCAGUCCCAACUGGGCCUCGUGGAUGUAGAGUAGCUCAACGGCCUCCGAUGGGAACCGAGCGUCGGAAACUCGAUCUCCAAGCGCGGAACUUCGAUUAAUUUAUAUCGUACGGACUUAGUGUGACGACAGGACAAGUGUGUUGUGGAAAGUAGGCAAAUAAGCAACUUUUUAGUUCACCAAGGCACCUUUACAGCUCCACUUAAUUGAUUUCACCAUUUUAGUAACUUCAUCUUCGCAUCAGCAGCCGUAGCGAGUGAAGCCUCCUGUACGAAAAUGAAGAGCAAACCCGCAUAUGCUUUGUUAUGCCGAUGUUUAGCCAUGUCCAGAUCACCUUUUUAUUGUAAUAAUAGGAAUGCAGUUUCAUACCUUCGUUUCCACUGGGCGUGGGAUUGUGCAGUCUGCCAUUUUCGUGGAGAGUGUCUAGACUGUAUUUAAUCUCGUGGAUUGCUCUUGGCAUGAUUGCAGCGCACGGUGACAUAUCUAUGCUUGCAUGAUAUGCAAAAUGUUUUAAAAUAGUACUGUGAACAGCGUUCCCACUGGUCAUAUGUGGCAGCACAAAACUCAUGAAGGGAACUCGGUGUGGCUUCGCAGACAUGGGACACCAAAGGAUUGUUCGCACAGUUGCGUUUGACUGCACUAAGACUGCUUGCGUCGAGCUGUUGCUAUGGCAACCCUUACAAUUAGACAAUGGGGGAGUGCUGUGCUGCACGACGCGACGCAGCGCAACGCGGUCGACGCAACUGUGUGAACGAGCCUUAAACGUAGCGUAGCACUUAUUCUUUUGGUUUUGUCUCAAACUAACUUUUUCCAGACGCUUUCUCAAAACCCCCUGGUCUCCAAGCUUCGCGCCACUGGCACAUAUCUCAAAGUAUGCUUGGGAGGAAAGUGAAGCAGUGCGCCUAGCCACUUCCAGUGCUGCCACAAGACCUAAAGGAGCGUGUUUUCUUUUGGCAGCUUGCCUAUUCACAAGGGCAGCGCUGUAGACGCUCCAUUUCUAACCUUGGCCAGGACAUGGCGUUCUCAGUCUGGCUUUCCCCGGCGCUGCUUCUACCAUUGCUCUUGCUGCGCUUGAAGGAAUCUCUCGAGAAGACCUCGGCUGCUUCCUUCCUUAAUGUGCGCCUGUGUUCACACAUCUUGUUUAAUAGUGUACUACUGCCAGUAGGGAGGCGACAUCCAAACAGUUGAAGCCGCUGAAGCUCGAAUGGAGAGCUUGCAUUUCAGUAAGUUGCAAGAUGGGAGCAUGAAACAGAUGGGGUGCAGAAGAGCCUUGUGUUGCCGUGCCAACCGUGUUGUGUGAAUUGCGGUAACGCUCGUCAAAGUGAUUUUUUUUUCUUCUGUGAAAUAAAUGAUUCUGCCUCUUU